AUGAAAAUUUUCCUGCUUGUCAUCACUGCUGUGCAGAUUCUCUACUGCUCAGGAAUGCCAAGCACCAAGGAAGCUCUGAGAGCCUCAGUUAUAAAGCUGAAUGAAAUCACCGAGAUCACCAACCUCUGUGGUAUCUCCAGGAGAGGCGUGACAAAUACAUACCGUACGGGUAAACUGUCCUACAGCGUGGAUUUAACGUUCUCUGUGAUAGAGACUGUCUGCUCCAAGAAUUCUGGACAGGAAUUUGAUGAUCCCAGUUGCUCUUUCCACCCUAAAAACAUUGCGGAGAAAGGGUUUUGCAAAAGCCAUGUGGAAUUUUUUGCUGAUGAGGUAGCUGACGUUGAUGUGGAGUGUGAUGGUCUGAAGACAGUUGACAGUGAGAGUGACUCCACAGAAUCCAGUGAAAACAGUAUUGAGGCGCAAAGCAAAUCAAAAGAAACAUCACUUGAGGAAACCUUAAAUGCAAAAAGCAAAUCAGAAGAAACUUCACUGGAAUUAUUAGCAAAUGAAAAAGACAAAUCAAAAGAGACAUCUCUUGAAAACUCAGCUGAUGUCAAGAGCAAGUCAAAAGAGACAUCAGUCGAGGAGUCUUCUAAUGAACAAAAUGAGGACUCGAGAGCCCAGCACUGA